GCCCCACAGCAGCAGGAGGGAUUCUGGGUAGGUAGGCAACAGGAAUCUGGGCAGUGCGGACUUUGGCCCUGAGUGAUCUAGUGACCCCGAUAGCACAGGAUGGAGGCCUGGGGGCGGCUGACCAGGGCUGGGUUAGCCCCGCUGGGGCUGGGUCCUCCUCCUCGCGCCCUGAGAGACCCCAGCGGGGCCUGGACUUCUCCAGGAGCUGGACCCGGGGGCCCCCGUGCUGAGGAUGGCGUGGUCUGGUUGUGGGAGCAACUGUGGAGCCUGCGGAGGAUGGACGUACAGCUGUUUGACCAGCUGUGCACCCUGGGUCUAGAGAUGCAGGCGCUUCGAGAAGAGACAGAGGUCGACUUGGAUGAGGAAGGAGGGGGGCCAGGGGCCCCUCCAUCAGGUUGGCUCAUCCCAGACUUUGAAAUCACAAUUUGAGCAGCGGGGAGCCCCGGGAAAGGCCCUCCCUGGACCCUACUCAGAGCCCCAAACCCAAUGAGAUACAAGAUGAAAGCAAGGCUGUUGAGUCCUGGCCCUGUAGGGGACAGAGAUGCUGCUGUUUGCAGAGGAGGGAAUGGCACAAUCAAUACGGAUGAUGAUGGCGGCACGGGCAUUUUCUGGGGGGAAACAGACUUUUGGGGGUUUCGAUGUUUGCAGGUGAGGCAUAAGUGCUCGGUGAUUAUAUGCAGAUGUUAAUAAAUGAGAUCCAAAUGUUCAAA